UUUAACACACCUAUCUUGUUGCUAAUGUCUAGUAGCUAGCGCUAUGAUUUAGCAUCGCAAUUUACUGCCAAAUAGAGCAGACUGCGGUGUUUGAAAGAGAACUCUGCAAGAUGUAUCACAAAGAAAAGAGCAUUCAGAUCAAAAACAGCGCCUCGGCACUGUACAACAACCUGAGUGUGUUGCGCAUCGCCCCGCGGCGCCUCACCUAUUUCACUGUGGUCCAUGCUAACGUGGUCAACAUGGUCAGCGCGUCCUGGGACGGUCUCAACUACUCCCACCGUCAGCUGCAGUCCAAGGAGCCCAAUGUCGCCACAAGCACAUCUCUCAUCAUGCAGGUUGCAUUUUGUGUUCUGCCCUCUCGUGAUUUGCUGGUGGUGACCUCCCAGAAGGGCAUCCAGAUUUAUGAAUCUGAUGGGUCCAUAAUGGUGUACUGGCAUGCACUGGAUACUUCAGAUGCACCUACAGCUCAGGCUGUGUUUGCUCGAGGAAUAUCAGCCGUGUGGGAUAAUUAUAUAUGUGUGGGUGUAUCCUCUGGGGCAAUUCUAGUAUUUGAUGUUCCCAGUAAAGGUAGUAAUAUAACCCUGUCGGAGGUCCUGGAGGAGCACAAGGAGCCUAUCACUGACAUAGCCUCGGAGUGCUCUGGCAGCCAGGAGUGCAUAGCUGAUCUGGUCAGUGCAGAUGAUGGAGGCAAUCUGUGUGUAUGGAAGUCUGGCAAGGAAUUUCAGCUGCUCAAUAAGAUCCCUGGCUUUGAUAUGAGCUGCUCAUCUGUCAAGCUGUGGAAAGGUAUCGUGGUGGCAGGUUAUGGCACAGGCCAGAUCCAUCUCUUUGAGGCAGUGACAGGAAUUCUGCAUGCUGAGGUCAACGCCCACGCUCGCUGGAUAUACUCACUAGACAUUGCUCCUUUUUCUGGGCUGCUUCUAUCUGCUGCUGAGGACUCCCUUGUUCGAGUGUGGCACCUGACUGUGACCCCAGAGACCAACAGUGUGGAGGUUGCCCAUUUGCACAAUGAGUGUGUGACAGACACACAAAUCUGUGGCGCCAAGUUCUGCGAUGGCGAUGGUUAUGCCUUUGCAGUAACAGGCUAUGACCUGAGUGAGAUUAUCCGCUACACACAAUUGUAAACUGUUGCCUUUAUUAAGGCUAGGGCGCUGUCCACGACCAUUGGAGCAGUGUUGAUGAUUGGAGGACGGACGGACUGAAGGUC